UAACAGUUAUUUUCCUAAUAGAAACCAAAUGCCACCUAAAAUAUCAAAAAUGAGACUCAGACCCCUGCUCUUACUAAUCUCAGUUGUAGUGAAAGGAAUUAAGGGAGAAGACUGUAGGACGCAACAUGGACACGGACCUCCCUGUUUGUUCCCGUACAGAUUGAAUGGAGAACUAUUGUAUGAGUGUACAACAAAGUUUCUACCAAACUCUACAGAUGCAUUAUGCCCAGUACUCCUGGAGAACCCUAUUACAAGAGAAGCAUCAUCCAGGAGAGAGGAUUGGGGUCUUUGUCAUUCUACUUGCAAUCUCAUGCACUUCAGAACGAACGAGGAAAUAUUUGAAGAGUUAAAGAUUUUGUCGAAUCAGUUCCCUAACUUAGCAAUUGAUUUUGCACUUGGUAGCUCCGUAGAAAACAACCCUAUUAUGGGAUUACGUAUUUCACGUGGAGUCCGUGAAGAGAGGGAGGUUUUGAAACCAAUGGUUCGUUUAGUCGGUAAUAUGCAUGGUAAUGAAGCAAUUGGAAGAGAAGUAGUUCUUCAUCUAGCUCAUCACCUUCUUCAUGCAUAUUCUCAGGAUGAGAGAAUCCGUGAACUAGUGGACAAUACAGAUAUAUCUUUACUCCCAACCCUAAACCCAGAUGGGUUCGAGAGAGCAGAUAAAGGAGAUUGCUCAGGAACCGGGAAAAAACACGGGAUGUACAAUUCAGGGAACGUUGAUCUGAACAAAGAUUUCCCGGAUUUCAAGGAUUGGAAAAGAUUUCAAGAAGAUUAUUCAUUCACAGUUUACCCAGGUCGUCAGCCAGAGACUAUUGCUGUCAUGGAUUGGAGUGUUUCAAAUCCAUUUGUUCUGUCUGCAAACCUUCAUGAUGGAGCUGUUAUGGUUACUUUUCCUUACGAUUUCCAGGUCGGAGAAAAUACCCGAGAAGCAAACCUAACCCCUGACAAUGAUAUAUUCUCCCAUCUAGCGGAGAUCUAUGUAACUUCCCAUCCAACAAUGGGAAACCUAACUAAAUGUUUCAGGCGUGUUCCAGGGGGAUGGAUAAACGGAGCAGAAUGGCACAGUACUAAUUCCGCAGGAGCAAGCAACGGAUCUUUGAAGGAUUUCAGUUACCUGUUCACAAACAACUUCGAGCUGACCCUUGAGCUGACCUGCUGCAAGUUUCCAACCAGAUAUUUUAUACUCAGAGAAUGGGAAAACAACAAGAAUAGUUUGUUGUCCUUUCUAGAACAGGUACAUAUGGGAGUGAAGGGUGUAGUAUUUGGACCUGCUGGUAUCCCUGCUGAGAACGCUGAUGUUGUUGUCUGGAAUCCUGACGGUUCAAGGAGAGGGAAGAAUAUGACGACAUUCACAACUGGAGAAUACUGGAGACUACUUUUACCAGGGAAACGGGUUAAUAACGGAGAGUCUACAUACAUAAUUCAAGCAUUCUAUGAGGACUGUGAUAAUACUGGCAGAACUUAUGCUUCCAUUAGGCAUAAGGUUCUUGUAUCAGAGAAGAGUCCCAUCGUGGUUCAGCACAUGUUUCUUCGCCAUGUUGGAUUCUGUGGUAUCCAAGUGUUUGAUGGGACCCGGAGUCGAGAUCAGUUAAUUAAUGAGAUUGAGGAACUUGUUCAACAGACACCAAAGGAAGAGGAAGACGACAUAUUAGAUCUUGUUUUUGAGAAUCUAGCAGGGAGAAAAGAGCUUGGUAAUGAAGAUUACUCCCAAAUCAGAGAAGAUGAAGAUUACUCCCAAAUAACAGAAGAUGAAGAGUACUCCCAAAAUCAGGAAGAAUUCUAUUCCCAAGAAUACUCCCAAGAAUCAGAUGAAAAUGACUAUUCCCAAGACACGGACCAGAACCAGGGCAAGAACCAGGAUCAGGAUCAGGACCAGGGCCAGGACAAGAAUCAGGAUCAGGACCAGGACCAGGACCAGGACAAGAACCAGGAUCAGGACCAGGACCAGGACCAGGACAACUCCAAAAAUGAAAAUAAAGAAGGGUUUGAAGAAUCUCCUAGAACUAGACAAGAAACAGAUGAUAAACAACUUAAUACAACUAUUUCCUUGUUUUAAAAAGAAAAGAUCAAAAUUGGAUAAAUCAUCUUUUUUAUUUUUUAUACAGGGUGUCCCAAAAAACAUGGG